ACGGUGCGAAGUCCCGGUGCCUCGAGCAAUCUGAGUAAAGCAGCAUCCACCGAAUCACUAGACGGUUAUGAUGGACCGCUACUAGGUCAACCAGGGCGGCCUGGCACGCGUGACCUCGAGUGGACUAUUUGCAGACUUAAUAUAAGAAAACAGGUAUAUAAGUAUUUCAUUCAGUACUUCUACACUACUGCAGCUGGAGCACCUGCAGGACGACAGUUGAAAGGGAUUAUGCGAGGUUUCGACGCGAACGAGGACUAUUACCUUCCGGUGCAUUCUUUUUCAGCGUACCUUCUUCAGCCAAGACACUUCCUAUUUCAGAAACCACGGGACUUGUUUGGACAAUUCUGGGCGCCAUCAUUGCAAGAAUCAUCGGCUGCAGCACAAGCAGCAGCGGAAGCCCUACAAAAACAGCUGCUUGCAAGCGACAUGACACGCAUAUUCAAGCCCUGGAAGAUUUUAUCAAACGUUGGCUUGUUAACAGCAUUUCGCGAUAAUCCCUCCAAAGGUGUACUGCUCCGUUCAGCGAUCCCAACCACACCACCGACCACUCCUAUGCGACAAAAACCAAGUUUCAUCCGUACGUCACAUUCAGUAUAUUGA